AUGGCCGAUCUCUUCACGGAAGGACUGUUUCCUCCGUACGGUCCUGUCCCUGCCAUGCCACCUCACAUGUGUGAAGGGCCAUGCAUAUACGGGCAUAUCCUCACUCAGGACAAUGUUGACAUCUAUCGCAAACAGCGAAACGUGGUUGACGAGUCGGAUUAUAAUGAUCCUGACUCGGUGGCGUCUGCUGCCUACAACAAGUUUGCGUUCAUGGGGUGCACUAAGACUGUUUAUGUGGAUGAUGGCAGUCUUGCAGAAUGUCUCGUCUACGUCCUGUAUUAUCACAAAGGAAAGGUUGCCGACCUGAGGCUGCCAGGUCCGCUCAAAGAGGAAGUAGAGAAGUCCUUGGGCAUCCAGGGCCAGGAGCCGAGGUGGUAUCGACACCAUCAGAAAACCAAUGCCGAGAGAAGAGCUGAGCUGCUCGCUCAAUACAAGACCAACGUUUCCACUCCCGCCGACAAUACUGCAGUUGCCCAAGUUUCACAUGCAAAUGUAUGA